AUGGUGACAGAUGGGGAUUUGGUGAAUGCUCAAGAUGAUGAGGGUAAUACCAUUUUGCAUUUGGCCGCUACAAACAAGCAAAUUGAGACAGUGAAAUAUCUGCUUCAAAGAAGUGAAGUGGAUGUGAACACAAUGAAUAGAAAUGGAUUCUCUGCUCUAAAUAUAGUGGAACAUUUUCCAAAGGAUUUCAAAGUAAUUGAAUUGAGAGAACUGUUAGUACACGCUGGAGCUUUGCGAGCCGUAAGAUUUUCUGCAUCAACAACUCACCAAGCGGUUGUUGAUAACACAAAUGAGAAGAAUUCAACUGUUGAAGUUGACAUCAUAUAUAUAGCACCUCCUCCGAGUGAGGCGGUUCCACCACCGUCUUUCUCGGGUGAAAUUAGGAAGCAAAAGGAAGAUAAACACGAGAAAUGGAUCAUGGAGAAGCAUAAUUCUCUUAUGAUAAUUGCCGCUGUGAUCAGAGCCAUGGCUUACCAAGCCAGCCUUAGCCCUCCCGACGGCUUGUGGAACGACGAUCAGAAAUACCAAAACGGCACCAUCUAUUACUACGCGGGAACAUCGAUAAUGGCUGCAAACAAUCCAGAGGCUUCCCCAUUUUUUUGGACAUGCAACACCGUCUCUUUUCUUGCAUCCCUUAGCACGAUCUUCUUGCUCAUGAGUGGCUUGCCCUUGGGGAAGAAGGUUCUGAUGUGGAUUCUGACGGCCACAAUGUGGAUGACCAUCACUUUCAUGGGGCUGACUUACGUCUAUUCCAUGACAGGCAUCUCGUUCGUACAGAGGGAACCUAAAGAUGGGAGCCCGACCACAGAGGUUUGGUACUCCGCAGAUUGGGGGACGAUCAUGGUGAUUAGGCGCUACUUGACUGUUUGGUCUGCCAUUGUAAACAUUGUUUUUCUAGUUCACACCGUUCGAUUCCUUGCAAUCGUCCUCCAGAAUGUGAAAGAUCCGCAAAAGCUCAAGAAGUGGAUAUCAGUGUGUGUGAGUUGGUACAGAUCUAGGGGCAAUAUCAAGAUCUAG